UUUUUUUGUUUGAAUCUUGUUGUCUUCGACAACUACUCCGUUAGCAUGCCUCUCCCGGCUCUGGCUCCCAGUACGACUAACAAGCAAGACCUUUUCAAUCGACUUGAAGGGCUUACCGAAAGAUACUACAGGCAGAUGCUCGACGAAGCUGGUCGUGCAAGGGACGAAUUGAGCAAAGACCCGGACAACUUAGUGCCGGAAUUUAGGGACAACCCCUCCGUGGUACAGCCGUAUACGCUGGGCAAUCUUUCCGCAACGGCAAAACACAGGACGGUUCUGAAAAUCGCCAGCGCGGCCAAGAUGCACUUGAAGCCGUUUUAUGACGAAGGCGCCUAUACGACCACAGUCAGCGAAGAGAACUGGGUCGCGUUGUGGUACCUUUGGCACAGCUUCCGACACAGGGACAACAAGAGCAAAUCUUCCAAGCCCAAAGACGGACUAGUACAAGGAGACGGUCACGGAUCCCAAAGCAGUGCCUACUAUGACCCGGUUCGCGGAUGCGUCGACGACAAUAAUAGCGGUGAAAAUCGGAAUGCAGAACCGCGUUAGUCGACUAUGAUGACACGAUCCGAAAUUUGCCAGACCAUCGACGGUACCUAUUUUUUGUAGAUGUUUGGGGCCUCGAGGUUAUCAGGCAUGCGAAGCAGAUAUUGCUUCGACUUCUUUUCGGAAAUCUGUUUCCUCGAGUUUGUAUGGUCUUCGCGUUUCAAUGUUUCCUUGCUCUUUCAGGGUGCUGUGUUUUAUCUCCAAUGUAGGACACCCAUCCUACCGUUCUGUCCCGUAUACUGAUGCUUCGUCAUACCAUUCGCUGUCGAAUAUUUAAGGUUGAGAGCUCAUUUCGAAUAGACAUUGUUAAUAGGUUCUGA